CCUUUUAAACAUCGAUACUAUCGUUCGCGAGCCAAUUUCUUUUCAGCUCUAUUCGCAGUGGUAAAAGUCGGAAAAGUCAAUUAAUAUCCGACUGCCACACGUUGAGAAGCCGAUUUUGCAAUCAAGGUCAACCGUAGGAUCCAACUGCCCGCCACGAAACGCGAAAACCGCCGAGAUGAGCGACUACACGAGCAUUCUGCAGCGGGAGUUUCCCAAGAUCGACACGGAGCUUCUUACCUAUGUUGUGGGGGUGCUCACCGGAAGUGAGGAGGACUUCGACAGCGGCGAAGACAUCUUUGAGGCGGUGGGCGACAUCCUGCAAAGCGUCGACUGCGACAGGUCCGAGGAGAGCGUCCGGGCGCUGUGCGAGCAGUUCCUUAACAUUAUGAAAAACAACGGAGUCAAUGUUGAGCGCAAGGUGCUCAAUGCUCCGGUCAACAUCGAGGAAAUGGCCCGGAACAUGGAGCGACUCGACAAGGACAUGCAGAGCAUCUGGGUGGUGAACAAGGACGGAAGCAAUAAAGUAGACUCAAAAAAGCUGGGAAAGGCGGAGGCCAAGCUGCAGCAAAAGCAGGAGAAGCGGCAGGAGGUCAAUAAGCACGGCAUGAUUCCCGUGGCGGUUAAACUGCAAACGGCUACAGCUUCCCAAGUGACCAACAAGAAAAACACCAAGCUGGACCAGAAAGGCCUUAACCGUUCCAUGGACAUCAAAAUCGAAAACUUUGACCUAGCUUUCGGCGAAAAAGUUCUCCUGCAGAAUGCAAAUCUACUCCUCUCCUUCGGACGCCGUUAUGGUCUGGUGGGACGGAACGGCCUGGGCAAGACAACGCUGCUGCGGAUGAUUGCCGAGCGCCAGCUGCAGAUCCCCUCGCACAUAUCGGUGCUCCACGUGGAGCAGGAGGUCGUGGGCGACGAUACGCCCGCCGUGGACAGCGUGCUGGAGUGCGAUACCGAGCGAACGAGGCUACUGACCCGGGAGAAGGAGAUCCUAGCAGCGCUGAACAGCGGGGUGCAGGAUUCGGCACUGUCCAACGAGUUGAGCGACACAUACGCUGCUCUGCAGAACAUAGAGGCGGACAAGGCGGUGGCACGUGCAUCUGUGAUACUCAAGGGUUUGGGUUUCGACGCAGACAUGCAGCUGCGUCCGACCAAAUCCUUCUCGGGAGGCUGGCGCAUGCGCCUGGCCCUGGCCAGGGCACUCUUCUCAAAGCCUGAUCUGCUGCUGCUUGAUGAGCCGACAAACAUGUUGGACAUCAAGGCCAUCAUUUGGCUGGAGAAUUAUCUGCAGACAUGGCCCACCACCAUCCUAGUCGUGUCCCACGACCGCAACUUCCUGGACACGGUGCCGACGGACAUCAUUCAUCUACAUUCCCAGGAACUAGAGGCAUACAAGGGUAACUACGAACAGUUUGAGAAGACCAAGACGGAAAAGCUAAAGUCACAGAGGCGUGAAUACGAGGCUCAAAUGGCUCACAGAGCGCAUGUUCAGGACUUUAUCGAUCGCUUCCGAUACAACGCAAAUCGUGCCUCAUCCGUGCAAUCCAAAAUUAAAAUGCUCGAAAAACUGCCAGAACUUAAGCCGGUUGAGAAGGAGACAGUGGUCACGCUCAAAUUCCCCGAUGUGGAGCCGUUGAAUCCUCCCGUGCUGGCGAUUUCAGAAGUAUCAUUUCGCUACAAUCCUGAAGAUGCGCUACCUAUCUUCAAGGGUGUAAAUCUCUCAGCCACCUCCGACUCGCGAAUUUGCAUAGUUGGAGAAAACGGUGCUGGAAAAUCGACGCUGCUUAAGAUUAUUGUCGGCCAGCUGAGCACCAUUCAUGGAAAUAUUGUACUACAUCGUGGGUUGCGAAUUGGGUACUUCGCUCAGCACCAUGUGGACCAUCUGAACAUGAACGUAACGUGUGUGGGAGUGCUGGCAGAACUGUUUCCGGGAAGGCCGGAUGAGGAGUAUCGCCGCCAGUUGGGUAGUUUUGGCUUAUCCGGACCACUGGCACUGCAGAGCAUAGCCAGUUUAUCUGGAGGACAGAAAUCACGUGUGGCCUUAGCGAAAAUGUGCAUGGCGGAACCAAAUUUCCUGGUGCUCGAUGAGCCGACAAAUCACUUGGAUAUUGAGACUAUUGAUGCUCUUGGUCGGGCCAUCAAUGCCUUCAAGGGCGGCGUCAUCUUGGUCUCCCACGACGAGCGUCUUAUCAAGGUCGUUUGCAAGGAGCUCUGGGUAUGCGGCAAUCGCACAGUGAGGGCGAUUGAAGGCGGUCUGGACGAGUAUAAGCGGGAGGUUUACAAGGAAAUCGAAGCUAAUAGUUCAAUUUAAUGUAAUAAAUAAUUACUCUAUUUGUGAAACAGCCUAGCAAUAAAUUUAUAUUAUGUCUAUGACACAAGGAGAAAAAAAAAACCUUCUCGUGAGUGAUAC